GUAGCAACGGGUAGUAUUUAUACAUGUGGGGCUAUUUAUACCCACUAUAUAUACUUAUUUAUUUGUGGAGGUAUCAGGGUCAGACUUGGAGGAAAGUCUUCAGUCUACAGCAGCAUCUCUAGGGCUGGACCAGGAGAGGAGAGAGGUGCUCAGUGUAUCCUAAACAUCCAUAAGGAGAGGUGCUCAGUGUUUCCUAAACGUCCAUAAGGAGAGGUGCUCAGUGUAUCCUAAACAUCCAUAAGGAGAGGUGCUCGGUGUUUCCUAAACGUCCCCAGCAGCAUCUCUAGGGCUGGACCAGGAGAGGAGAGAGGUGCUCAGUGUAUCCUAAACAUCCAUAAGGAGAGGUGCUCAGUGUUUCCUAAACGUCCCCAGCAGCAUCUCUAGGGCUGGACCAGGUGAACCUGGUUCUUCUGUCUCCGUUCAGUUCGUCCAGUCCGGGCUGCUAUAGAAACAAGAUGGCCGCCUGAUUAAAACGAGUAUGAAUAUUGUUCCAUUUUUGACCAUUAAUGUUCCAUCCUGUUUCUUUAACUCAGCAACACACAUCAGACCUGUCAGGGGCCAUGGUGCAUUGUGGUUAAUGUAGGCGGUGAUGUGGUUGGAUUCUGACAGCAAACUGAGUGUCAUUGACUGGCUCCUCAGUGAGAGGAGAGCACGCAUAAACACCCUCUGAUAAACAGACACACAUUUAUAAACACAUACACACAAACACUUAAAAACACCCUCGGUGGACAGGGUGGAUCUGCGUCUCAGAGGGAGCAGCGCUGGAGGAAUGAGGCGCGUCAGGUCGGACCGGUUCUCGUCUCCAGACUGAGGAGGAGGUUCUGCUUCAGGAGAACCACAUGAACCAGACUCGGGAGCUUUACGAGGAGAACCAGAGGCUGAGAGGAGCUUCACGAGGAGAACCAGAGGCUGAGGAGCUUCACGAGGAGAACCAGAGGCUGAGGAGCUUCACGAGGAGAACCAGGGAGACGAUGGCAGUGAACCUGAGCAGGAACGGUCCGUCACUCAUGGACGCUUACAAAGAAGUGGUGGACGGGAGGAUGGCCACCAACUGGGCGCUCUUCACGUAUGAAGGGAACACGAAUGACAUCCGUCUGGCAGAGAAAGGAGAUGGUGGAUUAGAGGAGAUGGUGGAGGAGCUGAGCAGUGGGAAGGUGAUGUACGCUUUCUGUCGAGUCCAGGACCCAAACUCAGGUCUGUCCAAAUAUGUCCUCAUAAACUGGAUAGGUGAAGGUGUGAAGGACUCUAGAAAAGGAAUGUGUGCCAACCACGUGAACGCCAUGGCCAGCUUCCUGAAGGGAGCUCACGUGACCAUCAACGCCCGUGGAGACGACGACGUGGAGCCGGAGGUCAUCCUGCAGAAGGUGGCCAAGGCGUCCGGAGCCGACUUCCGCUUCCACCAGCAGGAGCAGCGAGAGGCCCCCAGAGAGGCCGUGGGCUCUGUGUACCGGAGGGUCAACGCGGUGGAGGAGAUCCAACAGACCAGGAAGGACGACUUCUGGGGUCAAGCUCAGGUACAGAGGGACGAAGCCGCUCGUCUACAGGAGGACAAACGAGUGGAGAAGGAGAGGAAGGAGGUGGAGGAGAAGAAGACUAAAGAGAGGGAGGUGGAGAGGGAGGAGAAGCAGACCAAGGAGAGAGUUCAGCAGAUGGAGAAGAUUCAACAGCAGAGAGAAGAAGAGCAGCGGCAGCAUAACCCGCCGCGAGAUGAGAACAGGAAGUCGGGCGUCGCUGCUGCAGCGUCGGUGCAGAAAGCUAACGAGGCCAAAUCACUGAUUUCUCAGAGAUCGUUCAACCCCAGAGACAUCUUCAGGCAGAGGGAGCAGAGCUUUGAGUCUCCUGCUGCAUCAGGACCAGGUGCAUCCAGACCAGGGAAGGUUCUAUGUCAGAAGUCCUUUGAGAGAGACACUUUGCUGCCUCCUCCGUCUCCAGCUGCUGUGGCCCCGGUGUCUCCUGUCUCACCUGUCUCACCUGUGUCCUGUGUCACUCGUGUCUCACCUGUGCCGUCUCACUCACCUGCUGCACCAGACGAGGAGGAGUGGUCCGAUGAGUUUGAGGAUGACGGAGAUGAAGCUGCUCCUGAAGACCUGUACCAGGCUCCUCCAGCAGGGACAGACGAGGACCUGUACGAGGAGGUCCAGAACCAGCAGUUCGGAGGCGAUGAGACGAGAGAAAACAUCAGAGUGAGAGCUCUCUACGACUACAAAGCUGCUCUCUCCCCAGUGGACGACUCUGAGAUCACCUUUGACCCCGGUGACAUCAUCACGGGCGUGGACAUGCUGGACGAGGGCUGGUGGAGAGGCCACGGCCCCCAGGGCCACUACGGCAUGUUCCCCGCCAACUACGUGGAGCUGCUGUGAGACAGGAAGUGGAUCUACGUGAGCUGCUGUGAGACAGGAAGUGGAUCUACGUGAGCUGCUGUGAGACAGGAAGUGGAUCUACUUGAGCUGCUGUGAGACAGGAAGUGGAUCGAGACAAUAAAAGCUCAAUUUUCA